GGCUCUCCUCGAGCCACCUGCAGAGACCGACGCUCCGAGCCCGGGUUUCCUCCUGCGUCCGCCAUGCGCCUCGUGGUCUGCCUGGUCUUCUUGGCCUCCUUCGCCCUGGUCUGCCAAGGCCAAGUGUACAAGGGCGGUUACACGCCGAUACCCAGGCCACCACCCUUCGUGAGACCUUUGCCAGGAGGGCCUAUUGGUCCAUACAACGGUUGCCCUGUCUCAUGCCGGGGAAUUUCCUUCUCACAAGCGCGUUCUUGCUGCUCCCGGUUAGGGCGUUGCUGUCACGUGGGAAAGGGAUAUUCCGGUUGAUGGAGAACACGAUGAAAACCUCGCUUGACAACCUGUUGAUUGAUACUUGUAUGUGAAGAGACUGUGAUCCUGAUUUUGCACCGUAUUUUCUCGUUCAAUAUUCUUACUCUGGCUUGUGGAAUGGAUGUAGUUAUUUGACCCUAUUUUUUUUUAAGAUUUUUCCAUGAAUGCACGAUGAAUGAAAGCUUGCGUGAUAUGAGUGAGUGCAUCCACUUUUCAACGUCCCAGCAGGUGGCGCCGUAUUCAUGAUUUGUGACACACGAGGAAGUGAAUCCAUGCCAUCUGCCUUUCGUUGUAAUUUUUAGUGAGUAUGGAUCUGUGUGUGGGUGAUUUUUACAAAUCUCUCAAAGGACUUUUAGAAAUGUUACUCCUUUACAAAUAAAAUUGGUAUCUUGG